UCAUCGAGAUUGUAUUCGCUGUUUAUUUCGAAAAUGACAGAAACAGCAGUGGUACCCGCGACGGUCGAGGCUCCGUUAGCAUCGGUCAAGUCCGUCCCUAAGAAGGCGUCGUCCUCCAAGAAGUCUCCGGCUAAGCCGCGGACUCAUCCUCCGGUCUCGGAGAUGGUCAACGCGGCCAUCGCCGCCCUCAAGGACAAGAGGGGCUCGUCCCUCCAGGCAAUCAAGAAGUACAUCGCCGCGACAUACAAGGUCGACGUCGAGAAGCAGUCGACCUUCAUUAAGAAGUACUUGAAGCUGGCCGUGACGAAGAAGACGAUCGUGCAGACGAAGGGCUCGGGUGCAGCGGGUUCGUUUAAACUCGCGGCCAAGGGCGCAGAGGGCGAGAAGAAGGUGGUGAAGAAGCCCGUAGCGAAGAAGCCCGCCGCGAAGGCCAAGAAACCCGUGGUGAAGAAGGCUGUCGCGGUUAAGAAGUCCGUCGCGGUUAAAAAGCAGCAGCAGACGGCUUCGACGACGACGGCGACGACGGCGACGACUAACGUCGCUGCGAAGAAGGUCGCGGCUCCGAAACCCAAGGUCGCCGUCAAACCCAAGUCACCUUCCAAGGCCAAAAAGACCGGCAAGGCCCCGGCCGCCGCCAAGCCCAAAACCCCAAAACCCAAGAAAGCCGCGGCCCCCAAAGUCGCCGGCACCGCCAAACCCAAAGUUGCCAAAAAGUAAUUAAUUCAACUAUUACGAGCCCUUUUUUGGCGGCGGCAACUCUUGUUAAUAACAGCCCUUUUCAGGGCUACCAACUUCUUUCAA